UCACGACGAGAAAAAAAAAAAGCAGAAAAAUGGAGCAGAGCUUAAAAACUCCCGACAAAUGACUAUUUACCACGGACGCGUACGGCCGCAACGAAACACCGUAGCUGGCUUCGUGUCGGUCGACAGUCGGUCCGGGGAGCGAGGGACAAAAUAUCGGUGAGGAUUAACGCAGAGGCGGGGUGGGAGGACCGGAGGAAGGACUUGAAUAACCAGCUGCGACUCUCCGGAUUACCCACUCGCUGAAAAAGGGAAAACAAGCGACGCUUCGUGGACGUUUUUUUUUUUUCUCUCCGUGCAGAGAGGAUGAGGUGACCGCCAGGAAACGGAGGAAAAGUGCUUGUGGUCGAAGUUGGAAGCGGGGGGGAGGAAACGGAGCGCACCGGGCCUGAGCGGAUAUUUUAGAUGUUGUCGUGUAAACUUCGCUGUCGGGGCCGAAUCUCACGCAGAACCCGCUGAAUCCUCCGCCGAGCCAGAGUUCAUUUAACGCCGAGCUAGUGGUUCAGAAACACCGGAUAUUAAACACGAAGAAGAUCGGUUGCUUGUGCCGAUGCCCACGGCAGACUGCAGGUUGCUCCAUCAUGGCCGGAUCAUGAGGUGUUUGACUUAUCUGCUCCUACUUCCAGAAACACUGAAGAAGUCCAAGAAGGUCGGCAAGCUCCCGGGCAGGCUGCCGGUAUGUUAUGAGAUCCUGACCCUGUCCCUGACCAGCAAGAAGAAGAAGCAGCAGCAGAAGCAGGAGGAGGAGGAGGAGGAGGAGAAGAUGGCUGCGGAGUUGUACCCCGCCGCCAACACCAACAACACCAACCUGUCCAACGGCACCACGGUGGCGGACACCGAGAAGACCAAGGAGGUGCAGGUGAGCCAGGCCAGCAGCAGCAGCGCCGCGACCACCCCGACCACCCAGCAGAACAUCAACAACAACAACGUAGACCCGCCGAGCUGGCAGUGCAGCCACCCCACACUGAGAGAGAGGAAUGCCUUGAUGUUUAACAAUGAGCUGAUGGCUGAUGUCCACUUCAUUGUUGGCCCCUUGGGGGGGACUCAGAAGGUUCCAGCACACAAGUAUGUGCUGGCCGUGGGAAGCUCGGUCUUCUGUGCCAUGUUUUACGGCGAUCUGGCGGAGGAGGAGUCUGAGAUCCAUAUCCCAGAUGUGGAACCUGCUGCUUUUCUAAUUCUGCUGAAGUACCUGUACAGCGAUGAGAUUGACCUGGAAGCAGACACGGUGCUGGCCACCCUGUAUGCCGCCAAGAAGUACAUCGUACCUGCACUGGCCAAGGCCUGCGUCACCUUCCUGGAAACGAGCCUGGAGGCCAAGAACGCCUGCGUGCUGCUCUCCCAGAGCCGCCUGUUCGAGGAGCCGGAGCUCACGCAGCGCUGCUGGGAGGUGAUCGACGCUCAGGCCGAGCUGGCGUUGUGCUCCGAGGGCUUCUGCGAGAUCGACCUGCAGACGCUGGAGAUCAUCCUGCGGAGGGAGACACUCAACACCAAGGAGGUGGUGGUGUUCGAGGCAGUUAUGAACUGGGCCGCGGCGGAGUGCAAGAGACAGGGUUUGGGGCCCACGACCCGCAACAGAAGAGACGUCCUGGGCAAGGCGCUGUUCUUGGUGCGCAUCCCCUCCAUGAGCCUGAAGGAGUUUGCAGACGGGGCGGCGCAAUGUGACAUCCUGACACUGGAGGAGACGCACAACGUGUUCCUGUGGUACACUGCAGCUAAAAAGCCCGACCUGGACUUCCCUCUGACCGCGAGGCAGGGCCUGAAGCCUCAGAGGUGCCACCGCUUCCAGUCCUCGGCCUAUCGGAGCAACCAGUGGCGCUACCGCGGCCGGUGCGACAGCAUCCAGUUCGCGGUGGACAAGAGGAUCUUUAUCGCCGGUCUGGGGCUGUACGGGUCGAGCGGCGGCAAAGCCGAGUACAGCGUGAAAAUCGAACUGAAGAGACAGGGGGUGACCCUGGCGCAGAACCUGACAAAGUUCGUGUCGGACGGGUCGAGCAGUACGUUUUCGGUGUGGUUCGAGCAUCCUGUUCAGGUGGAGCAGGACGCGUUCUACACGGUGAGCGCCGUGCUGGACGGGAAUGAACUGAGCUAUUUUGGCCAGGAGGGCAUGACGGAGGUGCAAUGUGGGAAGGUGACAUUUCAAUUCCAGUGCUCCUCCGACAGCACCAACGGGACCGGAGUACAGGGAGGACAGAUCCCCGAGCUCGUGUUCUAUGCAUGAGCUGCUCCGGACUGCUGAUGGGAAAUUAGGUUUAUCCUCGCCUCCCAGCCUUCAAAGUAAUGUAGCAUUAAAGACACUUGACUAAUGUCACACUAAAUGGCCUGGUUAGUUCUUUGAGAGACUAUUUUAAAAGUCAAGGAGCUGUUGUUCUAUCUUAUUUAAUUUAAUGUUAUUUUUUUAAUUUAAAUACUGGGUUAACGUUAUUUGCUCUGACGCCUGUGUUUAAGGGCUGCGGCUGCUGUAGAAACAACAUUAAUGCAGUGAUUUGUGGUUAUGUAAUCAAGCUGAGCUCCACAACUGGAACAAGUAGAGACUGCUUCUAAAUUGUGUAAUUGCAAGUCUAUAUACAAUGUUGUUACUAUAGUCUGAGCAGCAACAUUACACCAGGAGCAAACUUUAUGUAGUGUUAUGAUUCUAAAUGCAAAAAAAUAGUAAAAAAGUAGAAAUCUUGUCAAGAACAGAGUUGUUUUGCACUUGAGAGGAUGGCCUCAGAAACGUUGUGUCUUUUGUAAAAUACAAUUUAACUGUUAACAGCUUGAUGCUGUUAAAGAUGACCAGAUGUGUUCUGUACAAGAAUGCUUAUACACCUGAUGAUGAAACAUAAAGGUUAUAAUGUGA